GGCGUCAGUGCUUCGGGAGUCACCGAUCAGCGCCGUUCGCUCGCCGACUUCAUCAUCGCAUGUGAUCUUUCCCUUGGUUUGUUCUGUCUGCUUUCACGUGAGUGGGUGGCGCCAAAACGUGCCCGAUAUGGAUUCCGGAGCAGUGCUGCUGAACGUUUCGCGGCUGGGAAACGAGUGUACAUCGAAAGACUAUGAUAACUCGGCGUUGGACUUGGAACCGAAGGCGACAACCCUGAAUGGAACGCUUGGAACAGCGCUGCCGAUGUACACCGAAGUGAACGGAAAUAACCGCCAGAAUGGGUACCGAAACUUCGAGAGUAUCGACCUUGCCUGGAAGAACCUAACUUACAAGAUCAAGAGCGGGAAAACGAGUAAGAUCCUCGUAGAGAACAUGAGUGGGGAGGUGCGUUCCGGAACGCUGACGGCAGUGAUGGGCCCUUCCGGCGCCGGCAAGACGACACUGCUCAACUUGCUCACGGGCUUCUACGACAAGGGCUACACGGGAGAGGUUCAUAUCAACGGCUACGUGCGCGAACGAGAGCUGUUCAACAAGCAAAGCUGCUACGUCAUGCAAGAGGACCGCCUGUUGCCGGUUCUGACGGCCUUCGAGGCCAUCUCCAUGAGUGUCGAACUGCGAAUGCCCAACAUUGAACCAAGGGACAAGGCCAAAAAGGUUGAGCAAUCAAUACAUGAAUGGGGUCUGGAGGAGUGCCGCAACACCAUCACGGAGAACCUGUCCGGCGGUCAACGGAAGCGGCUGGCCAUCGCCCAAGAGCUGGUCAACAACCCGCCGGUGCUUUUCCUCGACGAACCCACUAGUGGCCUGGACAACGUGUCUAGUCUAAUGUGCAUACAGAUCCUCAAGCGGAUAGACUCCAUGGGGCAUACGGUUGUUUGCUCCAUACACGCCCCCAGUGCAAAGAUAUUCUCUCAUUUCGACAUGCUCUAUAUGGUUUCCAAAGGACGGUGCAUCUAUAAUGGUGAAGUGGAUAAACUUGUGGGAUUCCUGUCGAGGCACGGACUGGAGUGCCCACAGUAUCACAACCCAGCCGACUACAUUUGCGAGAUAGCAUCUGGAGACUACGGCGACUGCUGCGAAAGGUUGAGCCGUGAAUUCGAGGUCCCGGAGCCGGAUAAGAACACAGUCGUUCAAGGAACACAAUCAAAGUACGGAGGAGUGACGAUGACUAGUGAGCAAAAAGCUGAAGCUUACAGAAUGUACACCUUCAAGGUCAACCAAUUUCACCAGUUUCGUGUCCUGCUGAAACGGUGCUGGCUUGCCGUUUACCGCAACAAGGUGGCUACUCCUCUGCGCCUCCUGGCAUAUGUUGGCUUCGCUGUAUUCAUUGUGAUGCUGUUCUACGACAUGGGUCGCAAGGCAACCACGGUGACCAACAAUGUCACCAUGUUUUUCGCCAUCUCCUGCAUCUGCGUCUUUCAGUCAGUACUGCCAGCUGCCAUUGUAUUCCCACUAGAAGUAUUAGUCCUGGGAAGAGAACAGCGCAACUGCUGGUACAGUCUGCACGUUUACUACCUGGCAAACUACAUUGCCGAGAUUCCUUUCCUGGUCUUGCCCAUAGCUCUGUUGAUAGGCAUCGUCUAUUACCCGACGGGUCAGCCCUUAGAGCUCUGGCGCGUUGCUUGCUUGCUGCUGUUCAGCGUCCAGAUUUGCUCGGUGUCGCAGGCCUUGGCUCUCAUCGUGUCCGCAGUCUCGAAGCUUCAGACUGCAGUGUUCAUGGUCCUGCCUGUGGUGUCACCGGCCUAUUUCUUCUGCGGCUUCUUCGUGCCGGCACACCUCCUCAGCCCGUACGUACGGUGGAUGUCGGAUGCGUCGUACAUGAAUUACGCCUUCAACGGCCUCAUCCUGUCGAUAUACGGAUACGGUCGUGAACCCCUCGAGUGCGACGACUUCAUCUGCCUAUACGAAGACCCGGCGCACUUCUUGGAGCAGGUCGGCGCUGCGGACAAGGAGAUACACGUGUUGAGUCUCAUUUUGCUCGCGUUCGAGGCAGCAGCCAGGCUGACAGCUUUUGUCCUGCUCAAAAUGAGGCUUUCCAGGAAGGAGUGAAAGCUAAGAAGGAGCACUCUAGGAGUGAAUGGGCUGGUUUGCGGCCAACUUCCUCGUGUAUCGCGCGCGUGUGCUGCGAGCGUGUGCCAAUACAUUAUCCUAGCCAUCGAGCAGGUAAAGACUGUGAAACGUGUAGGGCACCUGGAAAGCGUGCAAAUAGUUUUCUUUGCUUUGUGCACACGUGUUGUAUUGAUUAUGCGGUAUGGAUCAUUGAAACCAGAAAAAAAAACUUUAACGACACUGAGCUCGCACUACACAGAUGGAGCUUUCAAAUAUAGUCAACGUCAUUUGUCACGCAUGCUCUGUGUUCGUUAGUAGAGUGUUUCCACAUUCUAAUGAACACAGUACCGGAA